AUGACCCACAGGAUAUACGUCGACCUUCCAGAUGCGCAGAAUAGGAUGAAAAUUCUCAAGAUUUUACUUGCCAAAGAAAACCUAGAAUCUGAAUUUGGAUUCGACGAAAUAGCCAAUUCAACAGAAGGUUACUCUGGGAGUGAUUUGAAGGUAUCAUGCUCAAGUCAUCCACAGAUGUUAUAUUCUUCUUCCUUGCGUGCCAGAUUAUCUGUUGUCCACCUAUUUCACCUAUUUGUAACUUGCUUGGCACAUUUUCUGCAGAACCUAUGUGUAGCUGCAGCGUACAGGCCAGUUCAUGAACUGCUAGAAGAAGAAAAGAAGGGGUCUGCGGGCAGUACGAAAAUUUAUUUAAGGUCCUUAAAGCUGGAUGACUUUGUCCAAGCGAAAGCCAAGGUGAGCCCGUCCGUUGCUUUCGACGCCACGAGCAUGAACGAGCUAAGAAAAUGGAACGAACAGUACGGCAAAGGCAGCAUCAGGAGCAAGUCGUCGUUCGGGUUCGGCACCUAA